AACUGUGACGGUGCGCGUUCGGUGUUACCUCCGCUCUCCUACGCUCUCCGUCACGUAUCUCUGCGGUUAUCAUCGUACAUCGUGUGCGUUAUUUUGUGGCGCAUCGUGACACCGUGCCACCAGCCACCCGAUGCCGUCUAAGGAUCACCGCCGAGAUUUUCGCCAGCCACGUGAUCGGUUCAAUGUGAACUUGCUAAAACAAAAUAGAUAGAUGACAACCUUCUCAGAAGAAAGUUAUGGCAAGCCUGAUGGUAAACACUUCUAGUAAAAACAGUUCACGCAGUGGAUCUCCUAGUAGAACGCCUUCGACGUCUCAACUGUAUCAACCGUCUCAACAAUCGACAGCAAACUUGGAUCAUACUCCAAGAUUGCGUAAUGUUCCAAUUUCUCAAACAGGCGAGGGUAACACAGGCAGUGGAAGUGGUGGUGGCGGUGCCGGAAGUAGCCUCAACAUGAAAAGCAGCAGUAGGCAAAGAUCACCAGGAAAUUUAAUUCGUUCGGGGGAUGUCAUGGAUGAACCAAGUAAUACUUCAAACACUGCCGAACCAGACGAGUUUGUGCCAAAUGUUCAUCCACCGACUGACGAUGAAGGAGAACAAUACCACACAACCCAAUCGUUCCUAUCAAAUGGCUCUUCUGAAUUGAUAAGUGAUGAUGUUGAUUCUAGUGCAACACGUGUUCGUCAAGCUAUUGAACAUAUUCAAAGCAAAAUUGCUAAAACCCGAGAGCAGAUAAGAAUAGAACAAACCACGCGGGAUGAAAAUGUUAAUGAAUAUUUGAAAUUGGCUGCUAAUGCGGAUAAGCAGCAAUUGACCAGGAUUAAAACGGUAUUUGAAAAGAAGAAUCAAAAGUCGGCGCACAAUAUUUCGCAGCUACAAAAAAAAUUAGACAGCUAUGAAAAAUUAAAAAGUUAUGAAAUGAAUGGCGCACCGACGAGUCACAGGCAACCGAGAGAAGUAUUACGCGAUAUGGGACAAGGACUUAAAAAUGUAGGAGGAAAUAUUAGGGAUGGAAUCACUGGUUUUUCAGGAACUGUUAUGUCGAAACCAAGAGAGUUUGCUCAUCUUAUUAAAAACAAAUUUGGAAGUGCUGAUAACAUAAAUACUUUAUCGCAUGGCUCGACUUUUUAUGUAAACGAUACACCGCAUGCAGGUAAUGGUGAUAACGCUAGCGUUGAAGAUGAUAAAACUCACCAUGGAUCAGCUACACUUCCGGGCGGAUGUAGUCUGGCAUCGACCCAAAGUGCAGCGGCAAUGAAGUUUCCGUCUGAGGAAGGGUCAGAGUGUUCUAGUGUGACUAGUGAAAGCGGUCCUGGUAGCAGAGGACAGCCACAUAUGUGUCACAGUAAUAAUGCAGCCUUGAGUCUCAAAUCUAUUUUUGCAGAACUACAGGAACACAGGGAGAAUCUUGACAGAAUGAGAGAAAAAUUAGAUACUAUUAAGACGUUACAACAGGAAGUGACAUAUCUUUCCCAUUCCCUCCAAGAAGAACGUUUCAGAUGUGAACGUUUGGAAGAGCAAAUCAAUGACUUAACAGAGUUACAUCAAAAUGAAGUAGAAAAUUUAAAACAGACUAUUACAGAUAUGGAGGAAAAAGUGCAAUAUCAAAGUGAAGAUAGACUACGAGAUAUACAUGAAAUGUUAGAAAGUUGUCAAACUAAAAUCUGUAAAAUGGAACAUCAGCAACAACAGCACCAGCAAUAUGUGACGCUGGAGGGUUUGGAUAAUAGCAAUGCGAGAGCAUUGGUUGUAAAGUUGAUAAAUGUAGUAUUAACAGUAUUGCAAGUUAUUUUGCUUCUUGUUGCAACAGGUGCUGGUAUUAUGAUGCCUUUUCUUAGAACUAGCUGUACUAAGCCUCAUUGUUUCAUGUGCAGGGUGCGUAUAUUAACGACUACAUUCGUUGUACUGGGUAUAGUGUUUGUGCUAAAACAGUGGCCUGAGGUACAUGACGUUGGUAGUCAUCUCAUACGUCACCUCAAGCAGACCCUCGCCAUGAAGUAGCAUUGGUGGAAUACUUAAAUUUAAUCAAACCCUGUGAUGAAGCUGGGCUAGAACGUAUUGAUCGAAAUUGCAUCCAUUUAUCAGUGUUGUAGAUUGGAGCAAUAAUAGUAUGUAUAUGCGUAAAUAAGUUUAUUAUCUUGUGUCUUGGGUUGUUUAAAUUUAUUAUUAUAAGAUAUAUAUGUAUUUUUGAUACCAUUAUUUAAAUUGACAAAGCUAUUUUUUGCUGUAGGGAAAAACGUGAUUCUCAAAUUAAUUUGUACAAACUCUUAUUAAUUUCAUAAUUUAUACAUCUUCAUUUUGAUUCAAUUUAAUUUUCUAUGAUCGUAACAUUAACAAUCUAUUAGUGCUAAAAAAAAUCAUGAUAGGGAAACGUAUUAAGGCAUGAAAAAUGGUUGAAAUAUUGUACAUUGACACUUGACUUAUGUGGCACAUUAUUAUUGAGGUUUAAUUUUUAUUUGGGAUAUAUCUCUACGUUUAUUUCUUCGCGCGAAUGUAAAAGUAGUAUGAAAGAAAUUGUGAAAAGAUGUUAAAUGAUGCACACCAGGAUAUUGUCUUCAACCUUCACGAUCGGUCCAGUUACAAUUUGUCGAUGUACAAUCGAUUUGUUUCGAAUUUUCUUAGAUAUACGUGUUGAUAGGUAAAGAAUUUGUAAUAUCCAAAUCGUCCAAAUGCUAAACAAUAAUGUAAAUUAAGACAGAGCUCUUAUAUCACUAUAGAUAGCUGCUGUCCGGCAUUGUAUAAAGUAUAAAAUAGUAUGUAUUGUUUAAUUGUUAUUCGUAAGAUCCGAUAAAGAUAUAAGUUCUCUAGAAAAUGCAGGUUUUUUUUAAUUGUUGUGCAUUGCAUAAAAUAGGUGAUAUAUAAAUCGAAUCGCAAUAAAAGGGAAACUCUUUACUAAGAGUUAUGAAGGAACAUUCAACUUUCGUUGAAAAAUCGUAAAUACUAGAUUUGAGUCUAAAUAAAAGUUAUACACACACAUACACAUACAUAUACAUAUAUGCAAUGCAUGUGCUAUUAUUAUCCGAUAUCAAAGGAGGACCAACUGUCUCUUUCCUCUUAUUCUAUGAUAUGAUUUACAUCGCACAUAUUACAUAUAAUGUUAAAAUUAUGCGUACAUGAGAACAAAGAGGGAGUGAGUUUCAUUAGUCUAACGAAUGAUUUAAUCAUUAAAAGUAUCAAUCUGCAUGUAUAUCAUAACGAGCAUAAAGAAUUGAUCCAUGACAGUUAGUUGAAAUGAGAGAAAGACUGAAGGACAUUGCUAUACAAUUAUGUUUAAUUUAAUAUUGGCGUGAAUUUAAUAUGUAUUAUAAUUUUAAGUUUUUAGUAUUGGAAAUUAAUAUGAGAGAUAAUACAAAUUUAUCAAAAUGCAAAGUAUUUGAUACGUGACGAAAAACAAAACAAGUUUAAAGUUUAAAAUCACAACAUUUAUAAAUAAGAUUCAACAUCUGUGUUUCUUCUAUGAGCAUAAUAUGACUUAUAUAUUCACUAUUUUGCAAUACAAUUUUAUAGCUUUUACAGUUAGAUGGUCCGUGUCUAAGCAUCAUUACUCAGAGCAACUGCAAUGCAUGAGAUAUACAUUAAAAUCAAAUAAUGUUUUUAUACAGGAAUAUUUUAUCUCAUUUAAAUCGUUACAUCAUGCUGCUUUCAUCUUGCACAUAGAAAUUUGAAUGUUUAUUUCACACUGUGUGUUUACAACUAAGUGAUAAUAACGAUAGCUUAUAAUUAACAAUUUAAGCCCGGUAUCUGUGUCAGUUUAGUGAUGUAGCAAAUGUAUAAUAGCGCAAA